AUGGGUGGCGACGAGAUCACACAACACGAAAAACAUGAGAUUGAUAAGGAUGAGGACAUUGAUAAGCUUGAUUCUCUAUUGGUCCAACUCUCGGGGCAGACAUAUAUGUACUACUAUAAACAAACAAUUGAAGAAUUUAUGAGGGCGUUCAAUAAAGGGAAUAUGAGAACGUUGAGCGACAAGUUCUUUGCACACUUUGUCAAUGACACAUUUUCGAAAUUUUUUGUCAAAAUCAAAAGUGAGACUUUCUACACAGAUGUUAUCACAGACUUUUGCUCGUUCUUUGUCGUGUUUUUUAUUAGUCGGAUAGAACUCGUCGACAAAAACGGAUGGGGGAACUUUGCGAGUGUGUUUUAUAACGAAGAGUUUUAUAAGAAGAAGUCGGCGUACUCGGCACAACUGGGCAAAAUGACCGAGUCGGAUUCUGUAGUUAUGAACUUGGCUUUGGACUUCCAGAAUGCGAACGGAUUUGAAGAAGUUGAGAAAGUAGCUAAAAGUAUGGACUGCGAAAUCAUGUCGGUGAUGUUAAAUGCGGUGAACCCUCUCUUCACUAAAAUUAACGACUUAGGCUCUGAUCAAUACAAAGAAGACUUUGCACAUAUUCUAUUUGAGUGGAUACCUUAUGGCAUAAAGACAAGUACAAAUACACAACAAUUGAGGACAUGUGUGACUGAGAUUGAGAGUAUGUUGAAGUGUGAAUACAUUGACUUCCCCAUCUGUGAAAACAUGGCAAAUAACUUAAACUCAUUUGAUCAAAGACUACUCUUCUUCCAAGCUGCUGGGAGACUCUUGGAUACUAUCUCGAAACAAAACAUCGUCAGUACAUUCGGCAACUCCAAUGAAAAGCCAUUUAAAACACGAGAGGAGCUUGUCGAUGUGUUUCUCCCAUCUCUCUCGAUAUUGAACGAAUCGAUCCAAAAACAGAUUCUAGUGACUGCGCUCCCCGUUUUACGGUUUCUUGCGAAGAACGGCCACAAAGAGGAAAUAUUUGGGAAGUGCCUCACUAUUAUUGGGAGUGGCCAUAUUUCUAUAGUAGAAGUUGUGUUGCCCUUUUUCAAAGAGAUAGUCGAGGAGGGGAUUGAUGAUACCACAUUUGAGAUGAUCGUCAGUACCCUCCAAAAAGUCGACGAGAAGACGAUGGGACACUUUGAACUGAUGUGCGACUUAGUUCUGAAAAGAGCGAAUUUGCUCGACACGGUAUUUACUCUCUUUGUGAAAUUGAGUGACUUGGAUGUCAAACAAAUGGCUCAGGUCUUUUCUAAAAUUGUGUUGUGUGGGAGUGAGAUAUUCAGCGGAACUAUUGCGAGACUUCGAGACGACAUGGUGGACUAUUCUAAUACAAGGGAAAUCGUUUUUAUAGAGAACGUGAUCAGCAUUUUGGCGUAUAAAGGGGAGAACGAAGUUCUGACUGAGAAAGAAGUGAAGGAAAUGGAAGUCGAGAUCAUCACAAGUUUGUCGCAAGCGAAGCCAUUUAAAGCCGAGAAUAUCGAUAUCGUCGAUGAAGGGUUAGAAGUGUUAUUGGCGAUGUCAUUGAAUGAUAUUGAGUUGCCGUUGACACUCUUUGGCGAGCUGUGGGAGAUCUUUAUGGCCGCAAAUGUCGAUGCUCGGAUGAGGGGAAGACUCUUUGGGUUCUUCAAUCGAUUUUUUGAGAAAGAAAGUGAGUCAAAAGAACUGGCUUUAAUUCCAUUAGACGAACAUGUUCACAACGACGAUGAAAUUCAAUGUUUUGAUUCGGUUGAAGGAGUCGAGUUAAUUAAGAAAAUGAUUGAAGAAGUGAAUGGUGGUGUUCUGAUUAAGAAAGGUGAAGGGUACGAGUUUAAAGGGAACUUAAAUGAUAUAGGGCAUAUACCUCCUCUUAAACACUUAUUGGUCUACACCCACAAUUCUAAGACAUUUGAGAAAGGGAUGGAGUUACUUGUGAACUUAGUAAAGAGUGUCCAAGUGCAAGAUGGGUGGAAAGUUGUGUGUCAGUGGAUCUCUGAUAUUAAUAACACCCCGAACAAAACAGACGCACUUCAAAAAGAGCAAGAGAAUAACUUAAAACUCCUUAUUAUGAUAUUUAGUGAGUGGACAAAGACGAGCGAGGGGAAGGCGAUUUCACAUAUUAGAUCAUUAAAGGGGAAGCCAAUGGAGUAUAAAGUGACUGUGAUAGACUCUGGAAAUGUCACACAGAAUACAAUAACCGUUCUGUCUUCGAUGACUAUAGGAGAAGUCAAGAAGUAUAUCAACAAAGAGUUUAAUAUCGAAGUGUCGAAUGGAUCGUUUGAGAUAGAAGGCGUUGAUGAUUUAGAUGACAGUAACCAAAUGGGGGAGUUGCUUCUACCAAAUGAGAGUGAGAUCAAAAUUGAGAUGAAAAAGAAAGUUGAGGAAUCGACGUUUAGAGAGGAGAAACACAACUACCCGUCAUAUAAGAAGGAAGUGAAGAUCGAGGACGUUAAUAAUAUAGUCGAGAUGUGCGGAGUUUCGAAGCAACUUGCGUACUGUGCAUUGAAGAAGUAUGCGUAUUAUGCUAAUAACGUCGACAUGGCUUGCACUGCGUUGUUGGAUGAUAUGGACGCGAUAACACAAGAGUAUUUGAGAGACUUGGAGAAGGGAGAAGUGUACGAUAUACCAGAAGAAACUGAAAAAAAAGAAGAGAAGAAGACUGAUCUGUCGUUUGUGAAGUUAGUGAGUGACUCCAUCGAGAUAGGAAAGAUAGUCGACUGCUUGAAAUAUCAUUACAACGACACAGUGAACAAUUUGGUGUGGGAUAUAAUGAUGAGUCUCCCUUCGUUUGAGUAUAUCAUUAAAACUCUUCGACUGACAUUUGAAAAUGAUAACUCAAACCAAACAACAAAGAAACAAAUCUUCACGUUACUCACAAAUUCGUCUGGAUUUCUGUUGUUGUAUACAUUACAGUUGUUGGAUAAAGUACUUUUCCCAGAAAACGAUAAUGAGUUGUCGACUACUACAGACACUAUUAAGAGCAAUAAUUUACUCAGAGAAACUAUUGUGAAGUCUCAAUCGAUUUUUAACCAAUUUUGUGAGGCGUUCAAAGAAGUGUUGAGAAGGGACGACUCGCUCGAACUCAGGAUCAUCGAUAAGUUUGCAAAGAUCUUCAUGUUCUUCAUUAAAAAGAUGUGCAAACACAACAACUUAAGUUUCUCAGUGUAUGAGAAUGAAAGCAUUUUCACGAAGUGUUUAGAACUGGUACAGAAUAAUCCGGACAAGAGUGGAGCGUCUGAAAUCUUCAUAUCGAUUGCGUCGAGUAUUUGUGAAUUAAGAUUGAAGAAAUACAGCAUUAAAAUUGAUAUCGAUUUCCAUCAGUUUAUCGUAAAGUACUUUGUCGAACAACAGAAUAACGACGAAGAACAAAUGACAGUGAUGUCAUUCAUCGACGUCUUCAUCAACUUCUUGAAAAGUGACGAUAUCUUGUUAUAUUCACAAAUCAAAUUGUUCACAGAAGACCUCGAAAAGUGCUUUGGGGUGUAUGGACAUCAGAGAGCUAUUCAUUACUACUUCACUACACUCCAUGGACUCAUCGAAAUGUAUAACGGCAAUUUAAUCGACUUCCAACACUUAUUCACAACCGCUAUAACACUUUUGAAGGAAUACAAAUCUAACGAGAAGUUCACUGAUGCGUCAGACUUCUUUGCUGUUGGCGUGUUGAAGCUUUUAAAGUUGCUCUUUGUGAAAGUCAAGACGACGCCGGAGGAGAUGGAAGAAUUGUCGAAAAUACUGUUUUCAAAGUGCUACAGUGUACCGCUUGAGUACAAGCUGAAACAAGUCCGAAAUGCAGUGUAUGAGCUCUUGGGAUCGAUAUUUGACAUAUUUCCACAAAUCGUGAAACAGUUCAGCACUGAUGUUUUCGACGAGUUCUUCCAAUACAAGCAAUGCCAAAAGCUUGAAGUUGUACCGAAAACGAGUCGCACGGGGUAUAGAGGACUCAGUAAUUCGGGGUCGACCUGUUAUGUGAAUUCUAUCAUUCAGCAAAUGUUUAUGAUUGAGGAAUUUAGAGAAACCCUAUUGCGUAUACGGACUGAUGAGGGGAUGAAGGUGACUAUAGCACUUCAGAAGUUGUUUAUCUCACUGAAAGGAGGGAGUCAAGACUAUUACUCUGCAGACACUUUAAUUGACGCAGUGGAGGAACACAAGAAGAGAAAUGAUUUGAAAAGCCAUCAACACGAUGCGUGUGACUUCUUAGUGAUGUUACUCGACUGUUUAGAAGAUGAAAUGAGUAAAGGAAACAAACAACUCAUCUUCCCGAUCUUCACAUUGAAUAUGUUGAAUGUCACUGACUCGUUGGACCCUGAAAUUCAAGAACAUAGAGAAACUAAAGAAGACUUUAGGUUAUUACCACUCCCCAUUCAAGGAAGAAAGAACGUUGGAGUGUGUCUGACUAAUCUUUUUAAACCAGAAAUCUUCAGAGGAGACAACAAAUUAAAAACGGAUAGCGGAAAGUACUUUGCGGCAUCGAAAAAGUAUAAAAUCGACUAUUUGCCCCAUUACCUCUUUGUCCAACUCAAUCGAUUUGACUCGUUUGGUGUUGAUGUCAUGAAAAUUAAUGACGAGUGCGACGUGCCGAAUGAAUUGGACUUGCAAAGUUACUUGAAAGAGAACAUCAAAGAAGAUGGGAUGUAUGACUUAGAGGGUGUUGUUGUGCACAUGGGUAACAGCGAGUUUGGGCAUUACAUUUCUUACGUGUUAGUGGACAAGAAAUGGAUGGAAUUCAAUGAUGUUCGUGUGAUGUACUCCAAUCCCGAAAUAGCGAUGAGGAACAUCAAUGGAGGAUAUAAAGACUUUGGUGGGUAUUUAUUGAUCUACAAGAAACGGGAGUUUUGUGUUGAGAACAAGACGAGUGAAGUGAAUGAGGAGAUUCUUCGAGAGCUGAAAGCUGAGGAAUAUAAAAUUAGUAACGAUGUGAUGUACCAUGACAACCAAUGUCUUAAAUUUGUGUUGAAAUAUGUGAAACUGUUUGAUCAAAGUAUCUUUGAGAAGUCGAUUGGAUAUUGUUACUCGUAUUCAUUCAGUGCUUUAAAUGAUGGAGAACAGUCGCUCUUAUUUGUCGAUAAAGUCCUCCAAUUACUUCACGACUGUAAUAACCCCAGUCUUGGAGAAUCUAUUCUAUCGAUGAUAAUUGGAUUAAAAGCAGUGGAGAAUCACUGCUUGACUGCUACAGAACCUAUUCGAGCUCGAGCUGCCGAGUUGAUUAAAACUGCUAUUAAGUGGGUUGCCGUGGAAGAUAAAGUCGAGUUGUUUGAUGAGAAUGCGAUACUCUUCAAGUUCUACCAAUACAUUAGAAGCUUGUUGGUAUAUAGUAGAUCGUUCCCAAGGAACUUAAAACAGUACUUCAUGUUGUUUGAUGCUUUGGCGAAUAUUGGAUAUAAGGCGUGUUAUAUGCUUGCUAAGAUGGGACUUCUUCGAUCGUUCUGGUGUUAUUUUAAGAACAAGAAUGAAAACACGGGAGAGAGUCUCCAUGUCUUAAUAGACGACUUCUACCCCGACUUGACAUACUUUGUCACGACAUUCCAAAAAGUCGGGUGCUCGACGUUCCAAUCUGAUUUCAAUGAUUGUCUGUCACCAUAUGCGAACACACAAGACAAAAACUAUAUAACAGACGCCUUCUUUUGCAUCAGAGAAGACUUCUUUAAAGACACUUUGGUCAGACAAUUGUUGGCUUAUAAUUACGAGUCGGGGGCGAUUCUCCUCCAACACUUGACAUAUAACGACUUUGAAGUGUCAUUGAACUUGGUCAACCAAUUUAAAGGAGAAAUCAAUAGCGAUAAAGUCGACCAGUACACAGCCUUCUUGGAAACAGUCAAAAAGGUGCUUUUAGUUGAAGACGACUUCCAAGAAUUGAGAGUAUACGCAUUGUUGUCACCUUACUCUAUUAAACAAACGAGUUCGAUGAACUGCGCUUUACCAAAAGCUAUGGCGGGAGGAUUACUCAAAAAGUAUGACGGAUACACACCGAAAAUGAGGGAAACGCUGCACUUUAUUGUGGAGUUGACUCAAGUGAACAGAUUUGCUCGAAGUGUUGUGAUCGAUAACAUUGGAGCGAUAGAAAAGAUGGUGAAGUGCUUGAAUGACUAUUUUGUGGGGAACUACACACAAUUUAGAGGAACUGGCCUUGACUCUCAAAGCUUGGAUUUGGCUAAGGCGAUUAUGUCGAGUAACGAGAAAACGAUUGCAAACCAAAGAGAAUAUAGUGACUUGGUUGAGUUGUUAAAACUUGUUGAAGAACGAGAGAAAAAGGUGUUUGAUACAAAGAAGCUUGAAGCGGACUUAAAAGAAGUGAAACAAGAGUAUAUGGAAUUGAAAGGAUAUAAACCGGAGACUGUGGUGCCCUCCAAUUCUAAUGAGAAUUUUUAUAAUCUUGGGGCAGUGGGCUUAUUUGACUAA